UGCCGCUGGACUCUGAACGCUGCAGGGAGGAUGAGCGGCAGUCUGUUGUGGGUGCGCAGCUUCCCAGCAGACGGCUGCAGUCCGCACAACUUUCAUCCACUGCAUCGUCUCGGUAGAAAGUCUUUUUAAACGCGGUCGAGAAUUUUCGUCCAUUUUCGCCAGGUAAGACCUGUCGUUACCCUAUUUUUCGUCCAUUCCCACAUAUUUUCCCCGGUCAGCCAACGAGUGUGCUGCAUUUGCGUCUCAACGACAGAGCACGUUGCCUCCUUUUCUUGUGCUGCGAUUGACAAAAAUGAGCAUGAAAGGACUCGUAAAAAUGUGAAGUGGUCUUGUUGGGGAUUUGGACUGUUUGGGUGGCUCUCUCUGAAAACCGGAGACUUUGGGAGAAGUCUCGUGCUACACACGAAGAGCUUUUUAAACAACAAGUUGUCACCGUGACAGAUAACUUGUGAUUUCGCCAUCUGGACUUUCUCAAGUUGGACUUGAUGUGACGCACCCCCAAAUGUUUUUUUUUUGGGUUUGUUUUUCAUCAUCACACAUAUGACGCAUUGUCCUUAAAAGCGCACUCCAGCUCCAGUAUUUUGCCUCUCGGUAGUCCACUUUAAAUGCAGACUGGUCUGUGGUCAACGAGAACACAGCCGAGACGCCGGUGCCAUCUGAUUGUUCAUUCAAGGCUCAAGAGAGGACACAAGUGCAUUGUGCGCCAUUCGCCAUCACAAUGGAGCUGACAUACAGGAUCUUUGGCCUGCUGGGAUGCGUCUUCCUGGACUGGGCUCCUCGGACUUGGGCUGAGGAAGAAGUGCUGAUGAAUACCAAGGUAGAGACAUCGGAUCUGAGAUGGACCAUCUUCUCACGGGCCAAGCCGGAGUGGGAGGAAGUGAGCGGUUUGGACGAGGAGAACAACAGCGUGAGGACCUACCAGAUCUGUCAGACUGACAGCUCAUUCAGCCACUGGCUGCGCAGCGGCUUCAUCCCGAGACGGGGAGCCUCGCAGGUUUACGUGGAGCUGCGCUUCACCAUGAUGGAGUGCUCCUCCGGGAACGGCCACCACCGCAGCUGCAAGGAGACCUUUAACCUCUACUACUACCAGGCGGACUCCAACGAGGCCACGGACACGUACCCGCCGUGGAUGGAGAAUCCUUACACAAAGGUGGAUACGGUGGCAGCGGACUUUCUCCUCAGGAAGGGCGGCGAGCGGAAAUCCAACAUGAAGACCAUACGACUCGGCCCUUUAUCCAAGAGAGGCUUCUACUUGGCCUUUCAGGCUCAGGGCUCCUGCAUGGCCUUGCUCUCCGUCCGAGUUUUCUUCAAAAAGUGCCCCCCCCUCGUCAGCGCUCUUUCCUCUUUCCCCGAGACCAUUCCUCGCACUCUGGUUCAGGAGGCGCAGGGUAUGUGCGUGGAGCACGCCGCGCAACAGGGCCCCCGAGCCCGCUCCCCCAAGCUUUUCUGCGGCGAAGACGGCCAGUGGGUGGGCCAGCCGACCACCUCCUGCGCCUGCGUGGCCGGAUACGAGGCCGCCGAGGGACACACGAGAUGCACAGCUUGUCCCGUGGGUCACUUCAAGUCCAGCGCGGAGGGACAGUGCGCAGUCUGUCCGGGAGCGAGCCACGCCUCCAUCAGAGGGGAGUCUGUAUGCGUGUGUCGCCCCGGAUACUUCCGAGCACAAUCCGACACCCCCGACGCUCCGUGCACCAGGCCUCCCUCAGCGCCGCGCAGCAUCGCCUCCCAGAUUAACGGCACGUCGCUACGAUUGGAGUGGAACGAGCCUCUGGACAACGGCGGCAGGGCCGACCUGAGCUACAGCAUCAGGUGCCUCGUGUGCAGAACGCCGAGGGGCUCGUGCGUGUCCUGCGGCGACAGCGUCAGCUACCGGCCGGCUCAGCACGGCCUGACCAGUCGGCGGGUGGAGGUGUGGGGCCUGCUGCCUCACACCACGUACACGUUCGCCAUCCAGGCUCUGAACGGGGUGUCCCAGCUCAGCGGCAAGGACCCCUCCAGCGAGGGCGUCAACAUCACCACAAGCUACGAUGUGCCGUCGCUGGUGUCUGUCAUUCGCAAGAGUGACUCCACGGAGAGCAGCUUAACCCUUCACUGGUCCGUCCCUGUGCAGCCCCACUACACCAUAUUGCAGUAUCAACUACGCUACUGUGAGAAGGAGCGGCGCAGCGAGGAUCCGUGCCACUUCGCGGAGAGUAACAGAAACCAGGCCGUGCUGACGGACCUCCGCAGAGCCACUCAGUACGAAGUGCAGGUCCGGGCGCGCACCAUGGCCGGCUACGGCAGCUUCAGUCCCGCGGCAGUCUUCCGCACCCUGCCCGACGGAAUCGACUCUUCCUCCCAGUUCUUGGUGCCGGGCAUCCUUAUCGCCAUCGGGAUGCUGCUGCUCGUCACUUUCAUCUUUGUGGCCGCUUACUGCAUACGCAGACACAGCCGCAUUAAGGACCCCGAAAUGAGCGACAAAAACAGCCAGUACUUAGUAGGCCAAGGGGUCAAGGUUUAUAUCGACCCCUUCACCUACGAGGACCCCAAUGAGGCAGUGCGCGAAUUUGCCAAGGAAAUCGAUGUUUCCUUUGUCAAGAUUGAGGAGGUUAUCGGAGCCGGAGAGUUUGGCGAGGUGUGCCGAGGCCGACUGAGGGUGCCCGGGAAAAAAGAAAACUACGUCGCCAUAAAGACGCUCAAAGGCGGCUACACCGAGAAGCAGCGGCGCGAUUUCCUGUCCGAGGCGUCCAUCAUGGGCCAGUUCCAGCACCCCAACAUUAUCCACCUGGAGGGCAUCAUCACAGCCAGCUGCCCGGUCAUGAUCCUCACCGAGUUUAUGGAGAACGGCGCUCUGGAUUCUUUUCUGCGGCUUAACGACAGCCAGUUCACGCCCAUCCAGCUGGUGGGGAUGCUCCGCGGCAUCGCCUCGGGCAUGAAAUACCUUGCGGAGAUGAGCUACGUCCACCGAGACCUGGCGGCUCGCAACAUCCUGAUCAACAGCAACCUGGUGUGCAAGGUGUCCGAUUUUGGUUUGUCGCGCUUCCUGCAGGAGAACUCCUCUGACCCAACGUACACCAGUUCUUUGGGAGGGAAGAUCCCAAUCCGCUGGACAGCGCCGGAGGCGAUCGCCUUCAGAAAGUUCACGUCAGCCUCAGAUGUGUGGAGCUACGGGAUCGUCAUGUGGGAGGUCAUGUCUUUUGGAGAGAGGCCCUACUGGGACAUGAGCAACCAAGAUGUAAUCAACGCGAUAGAACAGGACUAUCGGCUGCCCCCACCGCCCGACUGCCCCACCCACCUCCACCAGCUGAUGCUGGACUGCUGGCAGAAGGAUCGCUCGGCGCGGCCUCGCUUCGCCGAACUCGUCAGCGCUUUGGACAAACUGAUCCGGAACCCCGCGUCGCUGAAAAUAGUCGCCCAGGAGGGAGCCGGGCCUUCCUACCCCCUGCUCGGCCAGCGGUCGCCGAUGGCCCUCUCAUCCUGUGCCUCGGUGGGCGAAUGGCUGAGGGCCAUUAAGAUGGAACGCUACGAGGACAGCUUCUUGCAAGCUGGACUCGCGACUGUGGAGCAGCUGGGCCAGAUCACGACACAAGACUUGCUCCACAUGGGCGUGACUUUGGCCGGCCAUCAGCGGAAGAUCCUCUCCAGCAUCCAGACCAUGAGCUUCCAGAACAAGAACGCGGCACCUGUGACCUUCUAAGCUCGCCCAAAAACGGAUGUCAGAAAAUCAGCCCCGGAGCGCUCUGGAUCCUCUCUCGUGACUUAACUUUUGGACCCGAAGCGACACGUUGGACAAAUUUAUUAUUAAUCACCCGGGGAGGAAAAAAAAAAAAAAAACGAGAAUCAAUGAGAGUUGCCUGGAUUUCAAUCAUCACAGACGACGCCGACACGUGCGGGAGGACUCCUCGCGAAGUGGGCCCUGCUUAUGUGUCGAAGGACCCCCCCCCUCCCCCCCUCCCCCAUUUCAAGUGCCAAGCGGAGAAAGAACACAGUAGUGAUGAAAAGCAGCUGCUUGUCAAAUGCGGCAAAGAAGCUAAAGGCCAAUGAAAAGGUCUCACACUAAUUCACACAAGAACCACUCACACACGUCUGCUGCCCUCUCUGGAUCACAGCUUUCAUAUCACCAACUGAACAUUUGAACAGUGUUGGGGGUUUCUCCCCCCCCUCCCCCCACCCACCCCCAUAUUCAUUCAUUUGAUUUCAACGUGAACUCUCUUUUACUCAGGUGUGGCGUGUAAAGCGGGCUUUGCCGUGCUCGCUUGUCAUCAUAACUCCUCUCAUCCUCCUCCGUCUGGCUCUCGCGCGGAGGAGAAAAACGAAAGACGGCACUUGUCGCAAAUGAGGCAGUUCGAAUGUCCGUUGCGGCGCUGUUUUGGUUUUUUUUUUCCAGGAGCGGAACAUUUUCUGCAGCAUGCUUAUAUGGAAACUUGAACGUGGACCAAACAUGACCAGAAACCUCUCUGGCCUCAGAUGUCAGUGCUGAUGUUACGUUCAUUAUCUUCCAGUGCCAUUUUUUGUUUUUUUGUGCGUGUGAGAAAAAGUGACUUUUUUUUUUUGGAGCGUUAGAAUAUUUUGCUACAUUUAAAUGUACGGCAACUGUAUUUUUUAUGACAUUAUUUUCCUUUUCAACGUCAUACAUUGUUUCUCUUUUCGCCUCGAGCUGUACAAAAAGUCUUCUUAAGGAACUCGGAUUACAAAUAAUGCCCCCAGUGUGCCGAACGCCCCGGUUUCAGAAUGGAAUGCUGAUAACUGCGCAGAGCUGCUGUUUGAUUAGCGCCACUGGCCCUCUCCUCAUCUUACUGACUACAGGCGCUUGGUAAAGAAGAGACUGUAAUUCCGUUUUUUUUUUUUUUUUUUUUUAAACUCCCAAGAUUUUGCAUCUUUUGAAAGGGUAAAAGUCUUUCUGGCAUUUACAGCAAAUUAGUUUGCAUAACGCCCCCCAGGAGGCUGACAGCUCUUGCAGCGAGUGGGGAAACCCAUGCACGCAACGACCAUGUCGGAUACCAAAAAGCGCAACUUCUUUCCAAAUGC